AUGGAGCCUGCAGCUGAGACCAGCACUGCAGGAGUUUCAGUAAAAGAUGACCUUUCAGAAAAAUGUCAGAAGUUAUUUCUUGAGUUCUUGGAGGAGUUUCAGGACACAAACGGGGAGAUUUUGUAUCAACCUGAUGCUGAGGAGCUCAUUCGACCAGAGAGAAACACACUGACUGUAAACUUCACCAACAUUGAGCACUUCAAUCAGCAACUAGCUACCACUAUUCAGGAGGAGUAUUACAGGGUAUACCCAUUCCUAUGCAGAGCAGUGCGUUACUUUGCAAGAGAUCAUGGGAACAUGCCAGUAGCCAAAGAGUUCUAUGUGGCCUUCUCUGACUUUCCAUCAAGACAAAAGAUCCGAGAGCUCUCCACGGCCCGGAUUGGGUCCCUACUGCGUAUCAGUGGCCAGGUGGUGAGGACACACCCAGUGCACCCUGAGCUGGUCAGUGGUACCUUCCUGUGUCUGGAAUGCCAGUCCGUUAUGAAAGAUGUUGAGCAGCAGUUUAAAUAUACCCUGCCCAACAUUUGUAAGAACCCAGUCUGUGCCAAUCGACGUCACUUCAUGCUGGACCCCAACAAGUCCCGUUUUGUGGACUUUCAGAAGGUGCGUAUUCAGGAGACCCAGGCGGAGCUGCCUCGUGGCUCCAUCCCCCGCAGUGUGGAGGUGAUCCUGAGGGCAGAGGCUGUGGAGAUGGCUCAGGCAGGGGACCGCUGUGACUUCACCGGCACACUGAUCGUCGUACCAGAUGUCGCUGCCCUGGCUGUGUCAGGCACCAGGGCAGAGACCAGCAGCAGAGUGACUGGGGGGAGGCAGGGCUUUGAUGCAGAUGGGAUCCAGGGACUGAAGGCUCUAGGUGUCAGGGAUCUGUCCUACAGACUGGCCUUCCUAGCUUGCUACGUGGCCCCCACUAACCCUCAGUUUGGUGGUAAAGAUCUACGACAAGAAGACCAGACUGCAGAGAGUGUGAAGAACCAGAUGACUGUUCAGGAGUGGGAGAAAGUGUUUGAGAUGAGUCAGGACAAGAACCUCUACCACAACCUCUGCACCAGCCUCUUCCCCACUAUCCAUGGGAAUAAUGAGAUCAAGCGUGGAAUCCUAUUGAUGCUCUUUGGCGGUGUUGGCAAGACGACCAUGGAGGGCACAUCUCUGAGGGGGGAUAUUAAUGUUUGCAUCGUUGGGGACCCCAGUACCUCCAAGAGCCAGUUCCUAAAACACGUGGAGGACUUUGCGCCCAGGGCAGUCUACACCAGUGGGAAAGCCAGCAGCGCGGCCGGGUUGACGGCAGCUGUAGUGAAAGAUGAGGAGUCCCAUGAGUUUGUCAUCGAGGCUGGGGCCCUCAUGUUGGCGGAUAACGGAGUCUGUUGCAUUGAUGAGUUUGACAAGAUGGACCUGAAAGACCAGGUAGCCAUUCACGAGGCCAUGGAACAGCAGACCAUCUCCAUCACUAAGGCUGGUGUGAAGGCCACUCUGAAUGCUCGCACCUCCAUCCUGGCGGCUGCUAACCCCAUCGACGGGAGAUACAACCGCUCUAAGUCUCUGAAACAGAACGUCAACAUGUCAGCACCCAUCAUGUCCAGAUUUGACCUCUUCUUCAUUCUGAUUGAUGAGUGCAAUGAGGUGACAGAUUAUGCCAUAGCCAGGCGUAUCGUAGACCUGCACUUUAGAAACAUGGAGUCUGUGGAGCGAGUCUACACCACUGAUGAGAUACAGAGAUACAUACUGUUUGCUCGGCAGUUUAAACCAAAGAUCACAGCAGAGGCAAAAGAGUUUGUGGUGGACCAGUACAAGCGUCUGCGUCAGCGGGACAGCAGCGGCAGCACCAAGUCAGCCUGGCGUAUCACCGUCAGGCAGCUAGAGAGCAUGCUCCGACUAUCUGAGGGCAUGGCCAGGCUCUACUGCUCAGAUGAGGUGCAUCCCAAACACGUUAAGGAGGCCUUCCGGCUAUUGAAUAAGUCUGUCAUCCGCGUCGACUCCCCAGAUAUCAACUUCGACCAGGAACAAGACGAUGGGGAAAUGAAUGGUAAGGAACGGUCACUUUCACCUUUGUGCAAUAAUAUAUUUAUUGAAAGUGAUACCCAGAAGACCAGCACUGCCAAGCCUGCCCUCAAGAUGACCUUUGCUGAGUACAGAAGGGUCUCCAACCUCAUUGUUUUUCACAUGCAGAAGAUGGAAGAUAUUGAUGAGUCCUCACUGAAGAUGAGCGAGCUGAUUAACUGGUACCUGAAAGAAAUGGAGAGUGAGAUGGAGUCAGAAGCUGAGCUGGUUGCCAAGAAGAACCUUAUAGAGAAAGUGCUUCACAGACUAAUCCAUUAUGACCACAUUAUCAUAGAGUUAACGAAGACUGGGCUCAAGAAAGUUGGUGACGAGGGAGAGGAACCUGUCAUCGAAGAGGACCCCUUCUUAGUGGUCAACCCCAAUUACAUCCUGGAAGAUUAG